UCAAAUUGUGUUUUAAUCCCCUUUGUUGUUUUACCGCAUAUGAUCAUUGCCCAAAAUAGUUCUAUGUAUAUCACUAUAUUUUAGCAAUAGCUCUCUUCUUGGUUUGAAUUUGCUAUAUCUUUUGGGUUUUAGUAGUUUUUAAAGCAAUAAUGGUGGCAGAGUUAAAAGGAAAGAAGGGGCAAGCGAAUUUUGUUUUCACAUGUGCAAAGAUGAAUUCUUUUAUGGAAGUUUAUAAAAAAAGUUCAAAAUAAUUACUCCAAAAAUAACCUGUUACUAUCUGAGGUUAUUUAUCUUCUUUGACAUGAACCAUUAGAUAUUUUUGGUACGGUUGUCUGGCUGAGAUUUGAUGAGAGUUCCUACUUUACUGAAGGUAAGAAAAUAAAACUAGGACACUUGUUAUGUCACAAUGUGCUGAGGGGCCCGUCGGGCACCCUAAUCCGGUCCUUCAUUAAGAGGAGUUUGGUUAGGCUAGACUGAAUGAGUACAACUUAUUUGGGCUUGGUUUUGAUUUCAUAAAGCCCGGCUUGGUUGAACUUGACCCGUUCUUUAUGUGGCACAUUACAUAGGGAGGAUAAACCAAUAAUUCUGAAGCAAUCCUAAUCUGAUAGGAUAAGGUGGAAAAACUGAACUGAAAAAAUGGGAUAAGAGAAUAAAACAUCUGUAUUUUGCUAUAUCCACCUGCAUAUCAGUAAACAUGGCUACCAUAUUCUCAGCUUCAGCACUAGUCUCCCCCGCCGCUAAACCACCCCAGACUCCCAUCUCAUCCAAGCCUCCACAGGUUUCCUGCAUUCCAGCAGCAACCAAGCCACCACUAGUUAACUUAACUACCACAUUGACUGCUGUGGCGACGGCAGCUGUGGUUCUAUCGACAAGUCCUGUAUCACUGGCGGAAUCGUUAACUGGGUAUAGUAUAUACUACGGGACUGCAGCAAGUGCGGCCAACUAUGGGGGGUAUGGAGGGAAUUCGAGCAAGAAAGAUUCUGCAGAGUACACUUAUGAGGUGCCUCAAGGUUGGAAAGAGAGGCUAGUUUCCAAGGUCGAGAAAGGAACUAAUGGGACAGACAGUGAGUUCUAUAAUCCUAAAAAGAAGACUGAGAGGGAGUACUUGACUUUCCUAGCUGGGUAUAGGCAACUUGAUCCUAUUCCUAAAGAUGUAGUGCUGAAUAAUUUGGCGUUGUCAGACGUGCUUUUACAAGACCAGAUUUCUAAUGCGGAGUCCCUCACCUCUCAAGAGCGGAGGGACGAGAAAGGCCAGCUUUACUAUGAUUAUGAGAUCGAUUCCCCCGGAGGUCACAGUUUGAUCUCUGUUACCUGUGCCAAAAACAAGCUCUAUGCUCAUUUUGUUAAUGCUCCUACUCCUGAGUGGAAUCGCGAUCAAGAAAUGCUCCGUCAUAUUCACCAGUCCUUUCAAACUGUAAACCCUUCCUAGUUAGGAGUACAUCUUGAUAUUUGUUAUGAAUACUCCAUAUAGCAAGCUCAUGAUUGUUCAUCCUUAUGACAUAGAGAUGAUUAAAGAGGCGCAUACAAAUUCAAGAAUAUAUGACUCAAUGAGCUUGAGCUUCACUUCUUUGUAGUUAUAUUCUAAUGUUUACUUUUCUUUUAAUCCUUUUUUUCCCUUAGAUUAACGGUGUUGAGUUUGUGUAAUAUAGUCUCGAGUCAUGCCUUCAAAAUUAUUCAUAUAAUAUAACCCAAAAAACAUCCCAAGAUGUGGAUGUCUACAAUUUUUUUGGUAUUUAAGGUUUAUUGAGGUUUAUGCUA